AUGGGAGAUCAAGAUGAAACUUAAAGUAAUUAAUUACUUCAUUCUCUGGUUAACUAAAGUAGAAUCAAUGAAAGCAUAAAUUAUAUCAAUCUAUUAGACUUGAUGAGUAAAUACAACCCAGGACCUCCAACUAAAAAAACUAUAGUUAAUGAUCAAGAUUUUAUUGAUGAAUUAGAAUAGUUCUUAGAUCAAUUAGAUCAACCUAAAAGACGCAAGUUCUAUGAAGAAUCCAUGAUCAUUUUUGACGAAAAUGAUAACCAUUCAAUUUUGGAUUUUACAAAUUUAAACAAUACUAUCAACAAAUAAGACACAAAAUAUUAAAAAUAAUCGGAUGCUUGGCUUGACAAACUUCCACUCAAACAUGAAUUUGACGAUCUGGAGGAACUUGAAAAAAUACUAUCUUAAUGA